GUUUGCGCGUCUGGUCAGCUACCGCUCUCACUCGGGCCCCUUGGCUGCGCACGGGAAAGGUCGUCUCACCCUGUCCUCAACUUCUCGUCGUGUAUUAUCGGUGGGCAUGGUCGGAGGGUUGGAGCUCUUGUCGCGCGUGCUCUCGUUCAACGAUGCACUGCGAGAGGUGGGAAGCUCCUCGUCUUUACUCGUCUCGUUCGCCAGGGUUGUUGCUGCCCACGCGGGGGUCUUUUUAUUUUAUUAAUUUUGGUUUUUGGUUUUUUCCUUUUUCCUUUUUCGAGGUGGGAGAUUGCCUGGAUAGGUGGGUAUAUACAGGACGUGGUAGAGGAUCAAGUUCAAGAUGGUCGGUCGUUGGUUGUUGGGCGUGCGCCAGCGGGAGGGUCUUGGUGGGGGAGAAGCGCGGGUGGAUUAAUUGCAAAGAGGCGGCGAAAAUGAAAUGCUAUUUAAUAAUAAGGAAAGCCUCUCCCGAUAACCCGCUAAGUAACCGGAGUACGAGCACCUAGCUCCCCUCCUCCCCAAACUUCAAAGG